AUGCUCCUAUUACACCUAAUCAAAAUCAGUACCAACUUUAUUGAAGACUUUUACAGUAUUAAAGAUGUUAGUGCAGAUAAAAAGGCACUUGCAUGCACGUUUAUGUCAGAAUCGCGUUACGUGAAGGUUGAUGGCCUGGAAUUAAACGAUGCUGAAGGAACAGUAUCAAUUCAUGUAGCAGGGAAUUUAAAAGAAAACAACUACCUAAAACCAACAACGACCAUGCAUUUAUCAAUUGGAUGCAAGGAAGACUUCAUCAAAUUUCUGGAAGAAAAAGAGUCAUACAACAAUCUUAUUGAAGAGACGAAACAAAUCAAGAAAGAAAAUGAGGACUUUAAAGAUCUCUUGCACGAAUUGACAAAUAUGGAAUUACCGAUUGAUUAUAGAAAUUUCAUAGAUGGAUUUACAAGGGAAAAGCCGUGUAAGGGAACAGAUUUGUCAAAAUACGUCAAAGAGAAGUGUGGGAAGUUAAAGGCAAUGUUUGACUGCUUUGAAAUUGGAAAGGCUGCAUUUCCUAAUGGUUCAUCAGGAAGGAAAUUCAUAUUUAUAGUCUAUAAAGUAAAAGGAAAUGAUACUGUCACAACGAUAACAGAGUUCAAGAUGGGGACUCAUACGGCAUCUGUGUUCAGUACAAAAGACCACACCUAUACUUCAAGGAGACUGAUCAUUGUUGGUAUUUUGGGUGGCUUAAUAUUGUUUAUCGCGCUCAUAAUCUUCUUUAGGUUCUUGUUUGGAGACGGUAAGAAUAUAACAGAGGCUGUAAUAUGA